AUGGUCUGUCCCUCCGUUGUUUUCCCAAAAAUCACCGUCGAUAUCCCCCAGGAGCUCAAGGCCGCGCUCCGCAAGUUCAGGUUCGCGCGGCGCAACGCGGGCCACGCCGCGCUGGUCGUGAAGAUCAACAAGCAGAAGCUGCUCAUGGAGGAGGUCGAGCAGUUCGACGACAUCAGCAUCGAGGACCUCGCAGAAGAGCUGCCGGAGAACUCGCCGCGCUACGUCCUUCUAUCGUACGAGCUCAAUCACGCCGACGGACGCAAGAGCUUCCCGCUCGUGCUCGUCAACUGGGCGCCGACCUCGAGCGAGAUGAGUCUCUUGACUCUCCACGCGAGCGCGUUCAUAGAGUUCCAGAACACAGCCGACGUCAGCAAGGUCAUCGAGGUGCGAGAAGGGGCGGAGAGCUUCACGAAGGAGAUGAUCGACCAGAAGCUGCUGCAUGUAUGA